AUGGCUACCACAACGAAAAUAUUCUCUUUGGAGGGAAAAGGGUUGAAGUUGGAUUCCGCCGCGGAUGUCGAGCCGCAUAUCAAAUUGCUGAGGGAGAUGAAAGAUGUGCAGGAAGUGAGAUUUUUGGGAAAUACCUUGGGCGUUGAGGCUUGUAAAGUAAUCGGAGAGGUCUUGGCUGAGAAGACAAGUUUGAAGGUUGCAAACUUGGCGGAUAUAUUCACCGGUCGAUUGCUUAACGAAAUCCCACAAGCCCUUUCUUCCCUCCUUACCGCCUUACUCAAGCUCCCGAAUUUGCAUACGGUCAAUCUGAAUGAUAAUGCAUUUGGACUCAAUACUCAAGCCCCGCUCGUCGCAUUUCUUUCUUCGCAUACCCCACUUCAACACCUCAUCCUCAAUAACAACGGACUGGGACCUCAUGCUGGUAUCUUGAUCGCAGACGCACUUAGCGCAUUACACGCAAAGAAAAUCGAGGCCCGUGCUGCAGGAAAACAAGUACCGGAUUUAGAAACUGUCAUUUGUGGGCGCAAUAGAUUGGAGAAUGGAAGUAUGACAGCUUGGGCGAAGGCAUACAGCUUGCAUACUGGUGUAAAGAAGGUCAAGAUGGUGCAGAAUGGUAUUCGACAGGAGGGAAUCAGUCACUUGUUGAGUGAGGGCUUGAAAUAUGCAAGGGACAUUGAAAUUCUCGAUUUACAGGACAAUACCUUCACAAUUACUGGUUCUAAGGCGUUGGCCAAAGUUGUGGGGGGAUGGGCAAAUAUCCAGGAGUUGGGUGUUGGAGAUUCGUUGUUGGGUGGUAAGGGAAGUGUUAUUUUUGCAGAGGCGUUAAAGAAGGGCAAGAACAACAAGCUGGAGACUUUGAGAUUACAAUUUAAUGAUAUCGGAGUGAAGGGUCUAAAAAGCUUUACGGUUGCUGCCAAGGAGGCUCUACCAAAUUUAAAGAAGAUUGAAUUGAAUGGAAACAAAUUCGACGAGGAUCACGAUUGUAUUGUGGAGUUGAAGGAAUUGUUAGAGGAGAGAAAGGAGAAGUUCGCGGGUGAUAUAGUUCUCGAGGAUGAAUGGGGUCUCGAUGAAUUGGAAGAUUUAGAAGGAGAAAGUGAUGAGGAAAGUGAAGAAGAGGAAGAAGAAGAACUCGAGGAGCAAAGAGAAAGAUUGAUUAACGAUGCAGAGGAGGCUCAAGAAACAGAACCUGUUGCGCAAAGAGAAGACAAGGAUGUCGACGACCUUGCAAACGUACUCGGCAAAAAUCUCCAAGUUUGA